CACACACAGCAGCACCUGUGAUAUUCUCACACUCCAACUAUCCCCCUUAUACUGUAGCCCUCCACUUUAAAUAUCUGCUAAAAGAAAACACCUCAACCUUGACUUAGAUUUGGCAAUCUACAAAAAAGAAGAAGAAAAAAAAUAGGAGCUACAGGCCAAACAUUUGGUCAGUGUCAAGUGUAUUGUAAUCCAAUAGCUCAUUGUUUUCUGAAAAUGGGUUUUCGAGGCAUUGGCUUUCUGCUCCAGUGUUACCUGAUGUUGGCUGCAGCCAUGUAUUUUGAUCUCGGUGAGCAGGAGGAAAAAUGCAUCAUCGAGGAGAUUCCUGAAGACACGCUGGUGACUGGUUAUUUCUUGUUGGAGCCUUGGGAUAUCAAGACAUUCAGCCACUCCCCCCACUUUGGCGUCAGUGUGACAAUCAGAGACCCAAACCAUGAGGUUCUGAUGUCCAAACGCUAUGGUAAAUUUGGUAAAUUCACCUUCACAGCUCACGCCUCUGGUCAGCACUACCUCUGCUUCCAAACCAACUCCACCAGGUUUUCUGUCUUUGCUGGAGAAAGGCUGAAGCUACAUUUGGACGUUCAGAUGGGAGAGCACUCGAUUGACCCCAGCGCUGACAGGACUAAAGACAACAUGGAGAGACUGGAGAACAGCCUCAGACACCUCGUGCAGCAGAUGGUGUACAUCACAAGGCAGCAGGAGUACCAGAGGGAGAAGGAGGAGGUGUUUCGUCACAUCAGUGAGAACACCAACAGUAAAGUGUUGUGGUGGGCCGUGGUGCAGACCUCUGUCCUGUUGUCGGUUGGUUUUUGGCAGAUGAAACGACUAAAGGACUUCUUCAUUGCCAAGAAGCUGGUCUGAUGACGACCACUGACCAUCUAACACUGCACCUGUUGUUCACCUCAUUGUACCUGUUGUGUUGUUCACCUCGUUGUACCUGUUGUUCACCUCAUUGUACCUGUUGUGUUGUUCACCUCAUUGUACCUGUUGUGUUGUUCACCUCAUUGUACCUGUUGUGUUGUUCACCUCGUUGUACCUGUUGUGUUGUUCACCUCGUUGUACCUGUUGUGUUGUUCACCUCAUUGUACCUGUUGUUCACCUUGUUGUACCUGUUGUUCACCUCGUUGUACCUGUUGUUCACCUUAUUGUACCUGUUGUUCACUGUGUUGCCCACACCUCUCCCAGUGUUUACUACUACAAACUGUACUAAAUCCUGCAGCACGGAUGCUGUCUGCCUAGAAAUAAUACCAAAUGAUAAAACUUUUCAUUCGCCCAACUGAUAUUGGAUGAAGGUGAGAACUGUGUAUGUGGGAAAAAUAAAGUGAAAGGAUGUAAGAGUUGGACAACAUCCAUUUAUGAUAAAUGAUAUUCAUAGACAUAAUAAUAAUAAUAAUAAUAAUAAUAAUUUCUCAAGCUCACCUAUUAAGCCCAUUAAAUGUCAACACUCACUUAUUGUACAAUAAUAAUGUUACGACCAUGUCUAAUAAGCCUCUUUAUGAGCAAAUAUAAACAAUGUCAAGACACUGUCCAAAAUAUUAAUGUAAUCUAAUUAAAGUUUGAACAACAA